AAAACGUGCUCAAAUUUGGUUAGUUUGACAUUUAAUUAUUAAUAGUUUUGAAAAUAACUUGACUCAAAUCGAAUAAAAAUUGUAUCUUCGAAAAAUGGACGAUGAAAAUAUUAUGGAUGUGGAUUAUCCAUUUAAUGAUCGUUUAGGACCAUGUGAGGUAUGUGGACUCAAAGAAUCAAUUUAUACAUGUCCAAAAUGUGAGGUGAAAACAUGUUGCUUAAAAUGUGUUCGAAUUCAUAAAAAAGAGCUGAGUUGCGAUGGUGUACGAGACAAAACAAAGUUUAUUCGUAUGAAUAACUUUUCGAAUUUGGACUUGUUAAGUGAUUAUCGUUUAUUGGAACAAGCGUCAAGAACUGUAGAACGUUGUAAACGUAAUCCAAACACAUGUUUUAAAAAUCGAGGAACACAAAAUCAAACUGAACAUUUACCGUUGCAUUUAUAUCGUUUAAACGCUGCAUGUAUUCGACGUAAUACUUCAUUAAAAUUUCUACCAAAAGAAUUCACACGUCGUAAAUCAAAUACCACAUACUUGGAUUGGAAAACUCAAACGAUUUAUUGGAAAAUUGAAUGGAUUUUUCCAUUAGACGAUGGAAAUUUAAAAUUAAUCGAUGAUAAAUGCUCCGAGAAUGAUACGUUCGGUUUAGUUUUACAAAAAUAUUUUACUGAAAUCGAAAAUUAUAAACGUUUAGAAUAUUAUCAAUCGAAAGGGAUUAAUGGUGUUUGUUUAUUGUUAAAAGCUGAACAAAAACGAGGCGGUAAAAGUUUCUAUGAGCUAGAAUUAACGAAUUGUAUUAAGGAUUCUUUUAAAUAUAAAAUUAUUAUUGAGAAUCCUACGAUUUAUGUUAUUUUUAAGGAGCAUUUGUCGUUGUAUAAUCUUAUUGAUGCUGAUGAAGAACGAGAAACUUUAUUAAAAGAAUCAACAACGGCGGAUCCAAUCAAAGAUGAAACGGAUAAAAAUGAAAAUAUCAUGUCGAAUAUAUUAAAUGUUAAAAAUUCAAAAACGGAUGAUUCUAUUGAAGUUAAAAUACCAAAACGUAUGUUUAAAAUCGAAGAAACAGUUUAA